AUGUCUAUGUCUGUUCAGCACAUCGUACCUGGCAUCCCUGCGGCAGCGCUCGCCGCCGGCGCGGCCCUACCAUUUCCGCCCCGACUGCCAGCCUCGCCGCCUUCGCCGCCCGCCGCUCCAUUCUACGGAUACACCGCCUACCACGAGCCGCGCCUCCCUUGGCGCAGCGCGCUCGACGAAUGCGUGCGUCGGGGCGGCACGCUCGCCAAGGCGGCGACGCCCGCAGCCAGCGAUCUCCUGCUGCAGUCGGUCGACGGGGCCUGGAGGUCGAGCGUGCCGACAGGCGACAGCGUGCGGUUUGUGGUGCACGACGAGUACUGGAUCGGAGGCACGGACCAGAUCCAGGAGGCGGACUGGCGGUGGGUGGCGGACGGCAGUAAAAUGGCGUGGUUCAACUGGGCGGAUGCGGCCAGAAUCAACGGCCCCAGAGCCUCCAAGCAGCACUGCCUCGUGCUCGCACGCCGUCUCGCCGGAGGCUGGCUGGACGCAAACUGCGGCGUCGCAAAGGCGUUCCGUGUGCUGACUCGUGUCGGCGAUCAUAAGCGUGCCUUCAGCAGCUGGCUGCUGCUGCUUCAGGCGGCCUGCGAGGGUGCGGGCGGCAUGCUCGCCGCGGUGCAGACGCUCGCGCAGCACGAGGCGCUCCUCGCCCUCACCACCGCCCUCGCCGCAUCCCCCGCCGGCACCGUGCAAGAUCCGCGGCUGCUUCUCGGCAAUCUCUCGGCAAUACUUCGGCACUCGGCUGUAUAG